GAGGCUCUGCUGCGCUGCGUGGAGGGACUCGCAUUUUAUCAGCUGCAGCGCACGCAGACCCACACUUAAAAAGCACCCUUUUUCAGGAAGAGCUCCUUUCACUUCUCAGAUACACAGACACAGAGGAAACACUGACAUCAAGCCUUACUAGCACCCUUUAAACAGGAUCUGCUCCCCAGAUGGACUCCCUCUCUAGAUCUUGACUGAUGAGGAAUUUGCUGUGUUUGCACCUGAUCUGAGCGUCUUUGCAAAGGAGUGUUAUGGUUUUGUUCUACAUGGGAUCGGAUAAACACUCAUCUACACUCAUGCAGCAUGAGGACCCGGUUCGCCAGGACAUGCAGUUCUACUACAUGGGCGAACAUACGUGGACCACCAUGCUGGGACAGAGCUUGAGGCUGCAGCCGGUUCCCAUCCAAAGUCUGUCAGAGCUGGAGAGAGCGCGACUGCAGGAGGUGGCCCUUUACCACUUGGAAAAAAGACACCUGGAUUUUAAGAUCAGCAUUCCCAAAGAGACCCGUAAGAGAAGGAAAUCACUGCGUAGAAAGUUUGACUCGUUCUCAAAAGAAAAGAAAGACAAAGACGUUGCACCUCAGGCAUUUGGCAUCCCUCUUGCUCAAGUUAUUGCCAAUGACCGGGCACACAAGCAGCGUCAGGACGCACUGAAAGAGAGUCGCAGGGACUGUCUGGACCUAGAGGCCAGUGUACUACACUUCCGUGCUGAGAAAUGGCAGCACAAUGGAAACCGGACGAUGAGCAGUACAGCUUUAUCGCAUGGAGCUGCUUCCUCACCAGCACUGGAGGUUCACAGCAAACCUGUGUCAUCAGUGUUCAUGGACAAUACAUCACGGACACACAGACGGGGAGGAUUGUCUGUAGACUCCAUCUCUGAUCUGGUUGAGAGUCAGUCCAGACUACUAGAAGCUCUGCAGCUCUCUCACCCUAAUGAGCUGGAAAUGAAGAAGGCAUCCGCGGGCCGUACACAGGCCAAGCUCAGUCUCAACCCCAUUUACAGACAAGUACCCCGAGUGGUGGAACGUUGCUGUAACCACAUUCAGGCUUACGGGUUACAAACUUUGGGGAUUUUCCGGGUAGGCAGCUCUAAAAAGAGAGUCCGUCAACUACGCAAUGACUUUAACAGCGGGGUAGAUGCCGUGUUAGACGAGGAGCACAGCGUUCAUGAUGUGGCUGCAUUACUGAAGGAGUUUCUCAGGGAGAUGCCCGACCCUCUGUUGCCUCGAGAACUGUACCGCGCCUUUCUGCACGCUAACUUGUUGAGAGGGUCUGAUCAGUUGACAUACCUGCAGCAGUUGUUAUACCUGUUACCACCCUGUUACUGUGAUACGCUGUUGAGGCUCCUCACCCUCUUACAUACAGUACAACAGAACGCACACGACUCGACUGGCCCUGACCAACAGGAGAUUUUAGGUAAUAAGAUGACGGCAGCCAACCUGGCAGUGAUCUUUGGGCCCAACCUUCUCCAGAAAGAGAGAGGAUCAGAGAGAGAGCUCAGUCCUCAGGCUCUGGGUAUAGAGGACAGCACUGCUGUUAUCUCUGUUACCCUGCUGCUCGUCCAGAACCACAAACACCUCUUCAUGGUGUCCGAUGAGCUCCAACAGGAGGUGCUCAUGAGUCUCAUUCAGACAGAUCCUGAUAUUAUUGACUAUCUGCUACGCAGGAAAGUCAGCAGCAGCAGCAGUCUAACCAUGGAAACCGACUCUGGUGGACGGAGGGACAAGCAGGUCUCUCUGGACUUUGUGGGUCAAUCUAGUGACAAUCUUUCAUCCCUGGAGCCUCUCUUCCCAGAUUCAUCUAGCAUAGGAAGUCUGAAAAGCGAUGUCUUCCUUAACGUUCUGCACCUUAACACCAACCGAGACCGCUCCUCUGAGGCUCCUCCAAAGUCCAUUGGCCAAAUAAGGCAGUUUCAUUCUCACCACAACUUGCUGUGUCUGGCCCAGCCCUCCGUCAAUGCCCAGAGUGAUGAGAGACAGCUUCGAGACCAAAGACAAGCCGCUUCCAGACAAACAUGGUCAGGGGAACGACUUUGUUCUGGUCUGGGACAGGAGGAUAGUGACUCCCAACCGCAGAGCCCUGUAGAGAAACGCGUAUGGGUACGACAGAGCUCCAAUGCUUCAUCCACGACGUCAGACGACAGCAAGCCGCCAAGCAACUUCUGGGACUUUUUCACUGGAAAGAUGCCUGUGAUCAGGAGCCCUUCACUGCAAAACUUCUUCAACGACCAUUUACAGUCUGAGAAAAAAAAAAUAAGAAUAUGAUGUUUGCUAACUCCAUUAUUUGGAGAACAGGCGGUGACCACUGAGACAUUACUGAUCCACAAGGUGUUAAUAUUUACUGUUUACUAUUCACUCAAUGUCUGGAAGGAGCAUCUUAAAUGAUUUCUGGACUCCCUCUCGGUUUAUCGUCUGUGCAGUUGGAUGACGGGGAGUGAUGGUAGCCAUUCACACAAAUGUAUCUUAGACACUACUUUUGUAACGUCUUACUUUUUUGUUAUCCCAAAUCAUUGUACCUGACUCAAAUACAGUCUUAUAAUAUACAAUUUUGAGUAAUAAGGUCAUGUAGAUGCACAAACACUCAAAAAUCCUAUGGAUUAUAGACUGCUGAGUUGAAGCCAAGCUUUCUUUGUCUACGUCUUGAAUCAUAGGUAAUUUUAUUUAUUUCUAUAUAUUGCAUUUUUCAAAGACAAUUUUCCUGGUUCUCAACAAAGAGGUUAAGAUUAUAUAAUGAAUCACCACUGUAAAGCAAAACAGUAUAAUUGAAAAUUUCUAGACUAUAUCUAACCUGUCUUUGCGUAAGAGGUUACUUACAUCAUGUCUCAGGGGUGGCCUAGCAGAUAUCCUGGUUGGGCAUAGUAUUUUAUUUUUUUCUGAUGUGUUUUAGUAAAAUUAUCGUUUUUGCUUAUUUCUGUGAACUUCUGACAACAUUUGGAGAAAACAGGAUAAAACAACAGAAAAUAUGAUCUGCAUUUUUAACAUUGAAAAAAGUUAAUAUUUUGUUUUAAACAUCACUAAACAAAUGUUUGUAGAUGUAUUAGAAAAAGUAAAAAAAAAGGCUUCAUAAAGUAUAACCCUGAUUUUUAAAAUGAGCUUAAGGUAUUAUCAUGCUCUCAGUCCUCAGUACGUAUUACUAAAGCGGAUAUGUGGACUGGACAUAAAUAGAAGCCUACAAAGAAAGCAGGCUUAGAACAAUCCCCAUCACUGAAUGAACACUGACUUCUGUUUAAUUUUACAAAAAACUCCCAUUUUAAUGAAUGAAUCUGAUUACACUGCAGAUUGAACUUUACAUCAUAUCUGAUUCAGUUUAUGAGGCGUGUUAUUGUGCCUAAACUAAACUCUUUUGCACAGUGUUUCGUUUUUGCUAUCACUACCACCUGCAGAAUUAUUUGGGGUGUUUGAGCUUUCAAUUAUUCCUGAAGGUCGACAGGUUAAAAUCCUGCCUAAAUAUUGCAAGCAAAUAAUAGCGGUUUGUUAAUGUGACCACUUGCUUGACGCAUCGUGUGGAAUCUGCUUCUCCUCCAUGAAAUAAAACUGCGAAAACUCAGAUUGUAAUAAAUUAAUCUGAUA